AUGUCUAAAACGGUCGUAAGCAGUGGCUUGAGGGGAUUCUCCUUCAUGCCUGAAAGUAAACUGGAGGUUGAUAACUUACAGUAUGUCGAAGGUGAAGAGUUGGAGCGAACAUGGAAGUCUAGCCGACGGCAGCGGCUGAAACAGCGGGAACAAAAGAUUUGGGAAGAAUUCGUCAAGGAGCAAGACAUUCUGAAUAACGUUUUCAAAGAUGACCCUUAUCAAUUCCUGGAGCAACUGCCGGAAUCGUGUCUGAAGGAGCUAAUGGAAGUCGAGUUAGAGAAGAUGAGAAAGGAGGUGAAAGAAGCAACGGAAAACAUAAUUGAAGAUCCAAAACAGGAGGGAGACGGUGACGUGUCCCGGCAGAGUUAUCCCACCGACGAGCUGGUGACUGUGACCUUCUGCGAAGACGUGGAGACCAAGGAUGAUGAGCACUGUGACAUGUUUCACAUAUUCGAUGAUGAGAAGGACGACGAAAGAGGAGAGGAGCAGUCUGGCGCGGAGGAAGAGGCCGUGAACGAUUCUUCGAGCCCCUCGACGGUGCGAGAGAAGCAAAGCUCGCCGGAACCGAACUCGCCGCCGCCGCCGCUACCACGGAGCCCCGACGAAAGGGAUGGUAAUAAGUCACCAGAAAACGUUAGUGACAUGAUCGAAAGCAGCAUUUAUUGCGCCAAAGUCAAAGAUCUGCGGCCGAAGAUCAACGAUGAAAUGUUGUCAAUUAUAGAAUCUUUGGAGCAAUUCAACAUCACGGCAAUUGAUCCCGAGGAGUUGCCCAAGAUGUGCCGUCGCUCUACUGAGUUCUGCUCUAGGUUCAAUCGAAUCUACAUGUACCAGCUGCACAGACAGAUCCACGACAUAAAACGCAACAACGGUGUAACGCUUCCGUUCGCGCGCCACACGCACUUCCAGUCUCAGAUGGUCAGGAUUGUCUCAUUGCAUCAGAAUCUGCUGCAAUCGCUGCAGGUGGUAUCCCGCUCCAUUCAGCAAACAGGUUGCGCGGGCGCAAGCGCCGCGUUACUACAAGCGGUGACGCGCGCCACCGCGGCCGCCACCGCCGCCUGCCGCGAGCUCACCGCGCCGCCCGCGCUGGCCGCCGCCCGCCGCCUCUAUACGGACGAUAUGCUGGAAACGUGCAAUAAGUUGGACCAGGUGGUGUCAGAGCACGCGGCGCGCAUGUCUGCCUACGUAGAAAGUAACAAUACCGAUUCUUCGCGUUCGAAGAAAUCGAGUUCAACGGGAAAGAAAAAAAAGGCGCAAGACAACAUGUCCAAGAAUGGCUCGAAGAAAAGUACGUAUAAUACUCAAUAUACAUUCAUAUUAAGUUACUAA